GCAAUGACCAUAAGCAGAAGAAGAAGAACGUGGUUAACAUUGAUUUAGGUUAUGUUUUUCUAGUUACAUGUGCACUUACAGAACAAAGUUUCAGUUUGAAGUUCAGGCUAAUACUGAUUUCAGGUCGUAUAGUAGGAAGCAAAUAACAGACAACGGAAUUACUUAAACGUAUAAACCCACUGAAAAUCAGAUAAUGGCUGAAGAAGUGAAUCCGAAAGCUUAUCCAUUGGCAGAUGCAACCCUUACUACAAAGAUUCUGAACCUCGUGCAACAAGCUAUGAACUAUAAACAACUCCGAAAGGGUGCCAAUGAGGUUACUAAGACUCUUAAUCGAGGAAUUUCUGAAUUUAUUGUUAUGGCAGCUGAUGCUGAACCUUUAGAUAUCCUGUUACACCUUCCGCUACUUUGCGAGGACAAGAAUGUUCCAUAUGUGUUUAUAAGAUCUAAACAAGCUCUUGGUCGAGCAUGUGGUGUUUCUCGGUCAGUUAUUGCUUGUAGUGUAACCACCAAUGAGGGGUCUCAACUGAAACCCCAAAUACAGACAAUUCAGCAAGAAAUUGAAAGACUUCUAGUUUAGGAAACUAAUGUAGGAAUCAUUUGUCAUGUUAUAAUUAUAGUUGUUAGAUAAUAUGGUAUUGGUGUGUAGAUGAAAACCUGACUUUCAUUAUAUAUUUUUUAUUAUCUCUAGAAUUUACUAUUAUUUUGGUGAGAACAAUGUGAUUUCUAUUGUUACCUAUUAUUACAUUGUUGAAAUAUUAGUAACCAACAGCACAUCUGUAACCAUCAACACACCAAGACUUUUUUCAAUUUUUGAAGUAUUGAGGUAUCUCAACUUUUGUAGAGUCAGUUAAAUGUUGACAAACUUAUCAAAAGCUAAAUUACUAUGGAUCUUUACCCAAUAAGGUAGUUUGGAUUGUUUCCUUCCGUUCCAUACAAGUACAACUCCACUCAAGGUUUUCUUUUCAAGGACAAAGAGGUUCAAAAGUUGCAUUUAUGAACUGCCCAGUACCACUAAUCAGAUCUAUGACAGAUCAAAAUAUCCAAAGGGGCUUUGACAAUCAUUUGUAGGAUGUCAUUGUUGGUAAAAUAAGGUUCAUCGAAAGCUAUGUCGAUAACUUAUGAAACACUGCCCUAGUAAUCGGGCGUCAACUCAAAUGCAGAUCAUUAAUGCAACACUUUUGGGCUCUAGUAUCUAUCAUCUGAGAGUAAUAUUAGUUAGGUUCACUCAUUGAUAAAAUAUGUUUUGUUAACUGAUUGCAUUAAACCAUGAAAUUUCCUCUCA